AUGUUCGAUAAGAUCUUCAAAAAACGUCCGCAGGACCUCUAUGCAGACCCUCAGGUCACUAGGAACUCGAUGUCCACAAAUGAACACGAGAAAGGCCCUAGUGAUCUUGUCGAUACCCCUAUUCCACUCCUCACAUGGCGCUCAUUAGUUAUGGGCCUUCUUGUCUCCAUGGGCGGUUUCCUUUUCGGUUACGACACUGGUCAGAUCUCCGGUUUCCUGGAGAUGAAAGACUUCCUCCAUCGGUAUGGGGAACCCCAAUCAGAUGGUACCUAUCACUUCAGCAAUGUCCGUUCGGGUCUCAUUGUUGCCUUGCCUAAGCUAUCGAUUGGUACUCUGAUAGGGGCUUUGGUCGCAGCACCGAUUGCCGACCGCUUAGGACGAAAGUGGUCUAUCAGCUGGUGGUCUCUGAUGGUGUGUAUUGGAAUCACCGUUCAGAUCUCCUCGCCUUUCGGCAAGUGGUACCAGGUCGCCAUGGGUCGUUGGGUUGCUGGGCUCGGAGUCGGUGCAAUUUCUCUACUAGUACCAAUGUAUCAAGCCGAGUCAGGACCGAGGCAUAUUCGAGGCUCGCUGAUUAGUACAUACCAGCUAUUCAUUACACUUGGAAUCUUCGUUGCCAAUUGUAUCAAUUACGGAACAGAGGCUCGCACCGACACCGGGUCAUGGCGUAUCCCUAUGGGUAUCACCUAUCUUUGGGCGAUAAUCCUCGGAGCUGGCAUGAUGUUCUUCCCUGAAAGUCCACGCUACGACUACCGAAAUGGCAAGAUAGAUAAAGCUAAGAGCACUCUUGCCAAAAUCUAUGGUAUCCCUCAUAACCACCGCGCUCUUCACCUCGAAUUUGAUGAAAUCAGACAGAAACACGAGGAAGAGAAGCGCAAUGGGCAGGUUAGCUGGAUACAGAUGUUCAGUGCUCCGACGAUGGGGUACCGGGUCGCUGUUGGUGUCGCCUUGCAAGCUCUUCAACAGUUGACAGGUGCUAAUUACUUCUUCUAUUAUAUGAUUCUAGGUGGCGUCAACUUUGGAACAACGUUCCUUGGCCUCUAUCUGAUCGAGCAUUAUGGUCGGCGCCGCUCGCUUAUAGCCGGUGCGCUAUGGAUGUUCGUGUGCUUUAUGAUUUUUGCCUCGGUGGGUCAUUUCUCCCUAGAUCGAGAGGAUCCAGAGAAAACAAAAUCUGCCGGCGUGGCUAUGGUCGUCUUUGCCUGUCUAUUCAUUCUUGGCUUUGCUAGUACAUGGGGUCCCAUGGUAUGGACAAUCAUCGCGGAGUUGUAUCCUUCGCAAUACCGUGCGCGUGCAAUGUCUCUGGCGACUGCAUCUAAUUGGCUCUGGAACUUCCUCCUUGCCUUCUUCACUCCCUUUAUUACCGGAGACAUUGACUUCCGCUUCGGGUAUGUGUUCGCCGGAUGUCUUUUCCUUGCUGCGGCUCUGGUCUACUUCGCUGUUAUCGAGGGACAAGGCCGUACACUGGAGGAGAUUGAUACUAUGUACCGGAUGGGAGUGAAGCCGUGGAAAAGCUCGAAGUUCCAGUUCCCUCCUGAUCCAGACCUCAACCAGGACUCAUUGAACAAGGAAGAGAAUGCUCCUAUGUCGUCUCAUGUUGCUGAUCCUAAUACUGAGCUACGAGAAGAUGGAUCGUGGAUGCCUGAGACGCACGCGCAAUCAUGA